UCCUAUCCAUAAUAAUUCAAUAGCUCGCUCUUUCUCAUCUCAGUACUGGAAAAUAUCAUAUCAUUCACACAGAUUUCAUUCCACCGCUCCAAAUCCCAGACUAAGAAAUGGCAGUGGCCAGCACCUGGGCCACAGGACACUCCACCAUAAACCCACAUCCGCAAAUGCGCCCUUCAUCCUAUUCUUCCCCAGAAAUCUCCCCUUUAAUGAUGAAAAUUUGUCCCAUCAAUUUCCCAAGGAAGCUGGUUUUUAGAAAAAACAAGAAAUCAAUACUUUCUUGCCGCUGUACUGGUAAUCAUAAUAGCAAUAGUGAUAACAGUAACGGUAGCAGCGAUUACAGUUCUUAUUCUUCUACUUGUUCUUCAACAUCUGCUGAAUGGGAUUGGGAUAGGUGGACCCGGUAUUUUUCUGAGAUUGAGCAGGCGGAGAGUAAUGCCUCUGUUCUAAAGUUUCAAUUAGAAGAUGCGAUAGAGAAGGAAGACUUCCAGGAAGCUGCUAAGCUGAAAAUAGCUGUUGCAGAAGCAACAUCAAAAGAUAGUAUUGCUGAAAUUAUGUCUCAAUUGAAGAAUGCAGUUGAUGAAGAACGUUACAGUGAUGCUUCAACAUUGUGCCGAAGUACAGGAAGUGGGCUGGUUGGUUGGUGGGUGGGCUUUUCGAAGGAUUCUGAUCCUUUUGGUAGAUUAAUACGAAUUACUCCAGGAGUGGGCAGAUUUGUGGGUAGAAGUUACAGUCCAAGACAGUUGGUGACUUCAUCUCCUGGAACUCCGCUUUUUGAAAUAUUUGUGGUUAAGGAUGCAAACGAGGCAUAUAACAUGCAGGUAGUAUUUCUACAAAGAAUCAAGGGAAGUUCAAGUUCAUCAUCAUCUAAUAAAUCCUCAAAGGGGCCAUCAGCUGCUGAGAUUGAGAAUGCAUCUAUAGUUGAUGUUCAAGUGGAAGAAAAUGAAGCCAGAAAAGGUGAGGGAAAGAGCACUGAUUUGGAAGAAGCUGCUGAAGAAGGAAUAAAAAGCGUGAUAAAUUUUCUCAAAGAAAAAAUUCCCAACCUAAAGGUUAAAGUGAUGAAUGUUAAUGUUAAUGAAGAAAUAACAGAAGACGGUGAUUCUUUGAAGCACAUUAUAGACGAAGAAAGUGAGAAUACUAUUACCAGCGAGAAUACUGAAGAGGAAGCUAGUGAUUUGGAUGACAAUCAGCUGGAUCGGGCAGCCGUCCAAGGAGAAAGUGACACAAUGAAAGAUGAAACAGAUUUAGAUAUGAAGCUUUUUAUUGGUGGGGUUUUACAUAAUAAAGAAGAUGCUCCAACCAAGGAUGAUUACGUUCGUGUUCCAGCUGAUAUCAAGGAUAUGGAGAGGGAUUCUUUUGUGUUGCAUAUCCCAAAGAGAUAUCAAGAUCAUGAUACUGAAGAGAACAUAGCAUCGAAGGCCAAGGUGGCUGUUAUAGCUGCCCAAGGUGUUUCUGAGCUGAUGCCCCCUGCUGUGGCCAAGGCAUUCUGGAGUUCUGAUAAAGUUUCUUCAAAGAUUUCCAGAGACGUGCGAGAAAUAGUGAAGCUUGCAGUGAAUCAGGCACAGAAGCGGAAUAGGUUAUCUGAAUAUACAACUUUUAGUCGAAUUACUACCAGCAAAGGUGAUUUAGAUCCCUUCGAUGGCCUAUAUGUUGGUGCAUUUGGCCCUUAUGGUACUGAGGUAGUGCAAUUGAGGCGCAAGUGUGGUAACUGGAAUAUGAAUAAUGAAGAAGAAACUUCUGACAUGGACUUCUUUGAAUAUGUUGAGGCGGUCAAGCUGACAGGAGAUUUAAAUGUUCCCGCUGGCCAGGUAACAUUUCGUGCCAAACUUGGAAAAGGUAGUCGUGUCACCAAUCGAGGAAUGUACCCAGAUGAACUAGGAGUGGUUGCAAGUUACAGAGGUCAAGGAAGGAUUGCAGAAUUUGGGUUCCGGAAUCCAAAGUGGGUCGAGGGUGAACUUCUACAACUCAACGGCAGGGGUAUGGGCCCCUAUGUCAAAGGUGCGGACCUCGGUUUUCUUUACGUUGUUCCCGAGCAAAGUUUUCUCGUGCUCUUCAAUCGUUUGAAACUACCUGAAUGAGCCAAGUUUACCGAGUCGUAUAGGAUUCUUGCUGCCGGAUUGUUCAGAUCUUUCUUUGAGGGUUUCUCUAGUUUCUUGACUUCUUCGGGUGAGAGGAGGCAUUUUGAUAGUAUGUAGUCAUGCAGAAUUGUGCUCUGUUUUAUUUUUAUUUUUUUUGAAUUAUAAUGUUUUGGUGUAUUAGGGAAGGAUAUAAUCUGAAAUUGAUUAAUAUAAUAACAUAAAAUUAUUUUGUUUUACUAAA